UUACGACACUUGUGCGGCAGCGGCGGCGGUCACUCGGCGCUCCUUCGCGACGGUUCGGCCGGGUGCCGCUGGCGGCCGUUGCCAGGGUGGGGGUCGCUUUGCGGCAUGGCGAUGGCGGAGGGCGAGCGGACUGAGUGUGCUGAGCCCCCCCGGGACGAGCCUCCGGCUGAUGGCGCCCUGAAACGGGCAGAAGAGCUCAAGACACAGGCCAACGACUACUUCAAAGCCAAGGACUACGAGAACGCCAUCAAGUUCUACAGCCAGGCCAUCGAGCUGAACCCCAGCAAUGCCAUCUACUACGGCAACCGAAGCCUGGCCUACCUGCGCACCGAGUGCUAUGGCUACGCACUGGCCGACGCCACUCGAGCCAUCGAGAUCGACAAGAAGUACAUCAAGGGCUAUUACCGCCGGGCCGCCAGCAACAUGGCACUGGGCAAGUUCCGGGCCGCCCUGCGUGACUACGAGACGGUGGUGAAGGUGAAGCCCCAUGACAAAGAUGCCAAAAUGAAGUAUCAGGAAUGCAACAAAAUCGUGAAGCAGAAGGCCUUCGAGCGGGCCAUCGCAGGCGAUGAGCACAAGCGCUCCGUCGUAGACUCUCUGGACAUCGAGAGCAUGACCAUUGAGGACGAGUACAGCGGGCCCAAGCUGGAGGACGGCAAAGUGACAAUCACCUUCAUGAAGGAGCUUAUGCAGUGGUACAAGGAACAGAAGAAACUGCACCGGAAAUGCGCCUACCAGAUCCUGGUGCAGGUCAAAGAGGUCCUGUCCAAGCUGAGCACGCUCGUGGAGACCACGCUCAAAGAGACAGAGAAGAUUACAGUGUGCGGGGACACCCACGGCCAGUUCUAUGACCUCCUCAACAUAUUUGAGCUCAACGGUUUACCCUCAGAGACCAACCCCUAUAUAUUUAACGGUGACUUCGUGGACCGCGGCUCCUUCUCCGUUGAAGUGAUCCUCACCCUUUUCGGCUUUAAGCUCCUGUACCCAGAUCACUUUCACCUACUUCGAGGCAACCAUGAGACAGACAACAUGAACCAGAUCUAUGGCUUUGAGGGCGAGGUGAAGGCCAAGUACACGGCCCAGAUGUACGAGCUCUUCAGCGAGGUGUUUGAGUGGCUCCCGCUGGCCCAGUGCAUCAACGGCAAAGUGCUGAUCAUGCACGGAGGCCUGUUCAGUGAAGACGGUGUCACCCUGGACGACAUCCGGAAGAUCGAGCGGAAUCGGCAGCCCCCGGACUCGGGUCCCAUGUGCGACCUGCUGUGGUCGGAUCCACAGCCCCAGAACGGGCGCUCCGUCAGCAAGCGGGGCGUGAGCUGUCAGUUUGGGCCGGAUAUCACCAAGGCCUUCCUGGAGGAGAACCACCUAGACUACAUCAUCCGCAGCCACGAGGUCAAGGCCGAGGGCUACGAGGUGGCACAUGGCGGCCGCUGCGUCACGGUCUUCUCUGCCCCCAACUACUGCGACCAGAUGGGGAACAAAGCCUCCUACAUCCACCUCCGGGGCUCCGACCUGCGGCCCCAGUUCCAUCAGUUCACAGCAGUGCCUCAUCCCAACGUGAAGCCCAUGGCCUACGCCAACACGCUGCUGCAGCUAGGGAUGAUGUGAGCCGGCGCAGGCGCACGCAGGGCCCCUCCGCGCCCUCCAGCCCGGCUGGGCAGAGCAGGCCCCGCCCCAGGGCACCGUUGGACCCCCUUUUACUUUGUAAAGUUUGUAUUUAUUCCCCUUUAGGUUUGCAGAGGGGGUGGGGGCAGAGCGGGGCUGGCCCGAGCGCUCCGGUCAGUACCGGAGCUGGAGCCGGAGCCGGAGCCGGCGCCGGCGGUGCUGGGGCGGCGAGGCCAGGGCAUUCGGAGGAAGGCCGGGCUCUGGUGGGCGGGGCCGCGAGGGUGUCCCGCCCCUCGUUUGCAUGGCUCCUCCCUCGCUAAAGCAAUAGGGCCCGCCGCAGGCAGACCCAAGGAAGAGGGUCUUCAGGGAGGCCUCGCCUGCGCCCACCUCCUGGGAGCCCCAGGGUGGGGCUAGGCUGGGGCCCACCCCCUCCCCGGCUGUUUUAUGUCUGUAAUUAAAUAUGUUAAAAUAAAGUCAUUAUUGUAAGUCA